AUGUCGGUGAUACCUACACAGAAAAAGGGUACUUCAAGUAUAGUGGAAAGCAUCAAACCAAGCGUGCUGAACAGUGAGCCUGAAAGACAUAUCAAGUGCAACAAAGACACAGGAGAGAAGGACCAACUACGCCAGAGAGCCCGUGGACAUCUUGCUGCAAUGUCUGGAAAUAUUCUGUGCUUCAAUCCAGUUUACAAGAGCGAAAGUCCUUGUCAGAUAUUUAUGUUGACUAUUCAGAUGAUAUACAAUGAGAUGAAAGACAUUCCCGAUGAUCAGCUGUGGGAAAGGCUUAAAAACUACAUUUUGUCAUAUGACAACAUGUGCAAUUUAGACAAGAUUAAAGCAGCUAGUGAAGAUCUGCCUCUUCCUGGACAUCUUGCACGAAUGUGGUCUCUAAUUCGUAAAAUUAUAGACAUACUGCACUUGAGAAACCACAAAAAUGCAACAUGCCAAGAAAAGUACAAUCCGGAUAAAGUGCUAAAAGAAGAGGAGAAAGCAGUGAAUACAAUGGCAGCAGAACAACUUUUUGCAUGGAUGAGCAGAUUCAAAAAAAUUGUGAACAGUAUGUCGCAAACACAUCAUCUGUUCUACUUGCACCGAAUGUGUCAACGCCGAAACAGAUAUUCUGCUUUGUGUAGGAAAAGAGGUGUUGAGCCAAUUCAUCCUGGUAUAAACAGUAAUCUUACGGCACGCUGUAAACUUCCGAAUAUACCUAGAAAAUUCAGAAAAAAUUAA